AAGAGAUCCUCCCGCUUCAGCCUCCCAGAGUGCUGGAAUUAUUUUUUGAACGCUAUGUGCCAGGGCAGUUUGCUAGUUGUGGAGAUGAUUGAAAGAUAUAUACAAGAAGCCAAUUAACAAAAGAUAAAAUUACUAAUCUGGAAUAAAAAAGGAAAGGAACAGUUUCUGCAACUGGGUGGAAAUUUUGGCUCCGGGUACUUGGUACUCAAAGAUUAAAGAGAAGCAAAUGGAGUGACUUUUGAUUUGCUUGCUUGAGCGCCAGCUUGUAAAGGGAAUCCUAUGUAGUAAGUGCUGUGGAAGAAAAAGAAUAGAAUUUUCUUCCUACUUUCAGCAGGCUAAAAUGCUCAGAUUCUGCACUACCACUGUAUUGCUUGUUUAUAUUGGGUACCGGGCACUCCUACAUAUGUGACAAAUAGAAACAUAAAAUACCUAUCCUCAAUGUAGAGAGGUCAAACAUAUAUUUGGAUGUGUCCAGGGGCACCAAUUUUGGAGACACGCAGCCCUGGAUUGACCACUGGUUUUGCCAGUUGUUAGCUACGAGACUUUAACCAAAUGAUAAUCCAUGCCUUGCUGGAUUGCUGUGAGAAAUAAAUGAGGUUUAGUGAAAUGUCUGCUGGAUAUAUAUGGUAGUAAGUGCCUGAUGAAUAUUAACUCUCUUGGUUGAUCUCUUGGAGGUCAACCAGGAGAUUAGUAGGGAUUAGGACAUCUUGCAUCAUAUUUGAACCAUUCGUUCUUUAAAAGAGGUUUCACACCACCGGAAGUGAUCUUUACAACAAACUUAUGCCUUAGAGAUAGUUAUUUCUGACAAGAAAACUGAGGCCCCCAGGGUUAAGCCGCUUGUUCAUGCACUCUGUUCUCCACGCCUUUCAGGCCAUUUGUGAGGUAAGGCUUCACAAUUUUUCUGGACCCAGGUGAAUUUCCGAAAGCGCACUAGUUUUUGGCCUUUAUUAAGUCAUUCAUUCCCUGGCGAGGCUGGUCUGACCACGCGUUGGUGCAGCGUGUUCGCGGUCUCCAUGACAACUCCGCGGAUGUAAGUAAGGCUGGGUUUCCCAGCGGAGAGAGAAGCUGGAGUACUGCGCAUGCGUGUUGCCCUGACGCUGUUUGAACGCGGAGGCUUCCGUAGAGGAAGGGUGAAAGAUGGCGGCGGCAGUCCUGGGACGGUUGGGUGCGUUAUGUAUACAGAACCCGAGGAGCCGGGGGAAGCUGGCCUUGGGGUUUCUUUCAUCUCACAGUGUUUUACCCCAAUCAUAUAUCCAUACAAGUGCUUCUCUUGACAUUUCUCGAAGAUGGGAGAAGAAGAAUAAAACUGUUUAUCCUCCACAACUGCCUGGAGAACCUCGGAGACCUGCAGAGAUCUACCACUGUCGAAGACAAAUAAAAUAUAGCAAAGACAAGAUGUGGUAUUUGGCAAAAUUGAUACGAGGAAUGUCCAUUGACCAGGCUUUGGCUCAGUUGGAAUUCAGUGACAAAAAAGGGGCCCAAAUAAUUAAAGAGGUUCUCUUAGAAGCACAAGAUAUGGCAGUGAGAGAGCACAAUGUGGAAUUCAGAUCCAAUUUAUAUAUAGCUGCGUCUACCUCAGGGCGAGCCCCGGGCCUGAAACGCAUCCGCUACCACGGCAGAGGUUACUUUGGGAUCAUGGAGAAGGUUUAUUGCCAUUAUUUUGUGAAGUUGGUGGAAGGACCCCCACCUCCACCUGAGGCACCAAAGACGGCAGUCGCUCAUGCCAAAGAAUAUAUUCAGGAGCUUCGCAACCGGACUAUCAUUCAUACUCUAUGAGGGGGUAUUCACGCUCCACAGUGUAUAUGGUUUGCCAUUUAUUUUCUAAAAAUAAACAAAAUUGAA